GCGUGCAUGCACGGGCCAUUUAUCAGCCACAUCAGGCUGAUUUCCGAUAUAGACAGUUUUCUUUAUAUUGGUGCCGAUUUCCGAUAGUGGACUGAUGUAUCGGUGCACUUGUAGUUUAUAGCUCUGGUUACUCUGACACAAUCCACAAGCACAAACUGUUUAGUAUACCUUCUAGAACAGUGGUUCCUAACAUUUUUAGACUCAAGAAACCCCUUGGUAGACUUGAUGCACCCCUCAGAAAAUAAAACCUCUUAGUUUUUCACUUGUUUCUUUACUUUCAGCUUGGCGUGCCCUUGCACCAAAUGCAGCCUAUUUAUGCCCACAAGAGGCAUUGCAUUAUUUUGACCCAGCUCACCCAAUGUCUAAUAUAGAUCAGGCACUUCAGUGGGGCUAUUUAGCAUUUUUACCUAAUAGAUGAUUAAAUCAGUUAUUUGAUAAAAGUGCUAUAAGGCCCUGCUGAAUUGCCCAAUUUAUACAGACUCUGAGGAGCCAGAUUGAACUAACAUGCUUCUCUUUCUUGGUUUUUUUUUUCCUUCAUGUCUGUCAGCACCCUUAAUGGCCAUCUUAUUCAGAGAUGAAAGCAUGGCACUCCUGCCUUGCACAUUAUUUACUUUGAACAAAUUAUAUGAAUCACAAUUUAAGUAAGGAUAACUGUAAGUUCUUGAAUAUGAACUUGUUCUUGAACAGCCUCCAAGUUCUUGAAUAGCCUCCAGCAGUAUUCAGAAUCUGUAUUAUGCAUAAUUCCUAUAUAGGCAGUCCUUGACUUACAACGUUUUGACUUGCAAUGGUUCACACUUGCAACAUGUAUAAAUUGACACUGUUUCAAUGUUUAUGACAUCAGUUUUGACUUUACACCGUUAGAUCCGAUGCGAUGCCGCUCCAGUGACCAAGCUUACUGAGUUGCUCAUCUUCCUGGAGAACAUCUGUCCAAACUUCCUUGGACACUUUCUUAAAGAAAGCGGGCAAGAUUCCAGAAAAACCUGCAGCUAAGACUCCUGCGAAGGCUCCGGCCAAGAACCCUUCAAAAAGUCCAACUAAGAGCCUUUCAAAAAGUCCAGCAAAGUCACCUCAAAGAAGUCCUUUCAAAUCAAUAUGAUUGCUAUUUACAUUAAUGAAGGGCCUUUGAGACCUGUGCUAGAAUGUAUUGACCUUGUCAGUAGUGAAGAUGAAGAGCCUAGCAGCAGUGCCAGCAUUCAUAGAAAAGUAAAACGUAAAGAUCACAUUGACUAUCAGAAAGAAAGGGUUGCUUCAACCCUAGCUCGCCUAGCACGCCAUGUGGAAGUAGAGAUACAGCAGAAAGAGGAGAAAAACAAAGCUUUCAAGGAAAAAAUGGAUUCCCAGUAUGCUCAUGGAUUGCAGGAGCUGGAAUUUAUUCGGGGACAUAGUGAUACAGAAGCAGCAAAAUUGUGUGUAGACCAGUGGUUAAAAAUGCCAGGUCUCAAGCCAGGUAUGGUUAAUUAUGGAAGAGGUGGAUUCCAGAGGGCAGGUGGAUUCCAGAGGGCAGGCCAGGCACCAGUGAAGAGCAGUCCUAUUUUAUGUCCUGUAAUGCAUUGCAACAGAAAAUUUGAUAAUGGGCAUCUUCUGUUAGGUCACCUGAAGAGAUUUGAUCAUUCUCCUUGUGACCCAACAAUUACACUCCAUGGAGCUCCAGCUAGUGCCGUUGCCUGUGUGAUAUGCUUUAAAAGAUUUGUUACUUCACAGGAGUACUGCGAACAUCUUGUAUCUAAGAUAAAUGAAAAUGAUGGGCAUAAAAGAGAUCUCCCUCCACAGCUUAUUCAGUGCUUUGCAUGUCCUCACUGCUUCCUCCUUUUCAGCAAAAGAGAUGAAUGUUUGAAGCAUAUGUCUGGGAAGAAUCACUUCCUCCAGGUUUUUAAAUUGAGUGAUGAAGCAGUAACUGCUCUUCCUUUGCCUUUCCCAACCUACGCAAAGAAGCUUCUGGUAUCCUUAUGCAAAGAGGUCCCAUUCCAGGUUAAGUGCACAUCCUGCCGCCAGACAUUACGGUCACAUAUGGAGCUAACAGCACACUUCAGAACUCGUUGUCGAAAUUCUGGCCCUGUAGUACUGUCGGAGAAGAGCAUUUCCCAGGUGGCAGAAAUAUUUGUAGCAAGAGGUCGCUGUCAAAAUUGUGAUAAGCUCUUUGCUGAUGAGAACCAGAUCAAACAGCAUAACCAAACAACUCAGCACAAGGUUAAAAUUAUUACCACAAUCGAAGAGUCUAUCUUGAUUUUCUGUCAUAUCAAUGGAAGAAAGAAAAAUCUGUCUCAUAUCAGUCAGACAAUAAAUCGGUCAAAAUCAUCACUACUUAAGAGACCGUUGACUUUGAGUGAGUCUGCUAAUGAAAAUAAGUCUGCCAUUUCAAAACAGAAGAAUAAUUUAGAAAACAAAAAUCAGGAAGUUGGAGUAAAACUAGGUCAAGACAAUACAUGCAAAAUAAAAGCCUGGUUUUGUGAAUGUUUUUUGAAGUUUUCUUCUGAAGAGUCAGUAGAAAAACACAUUUUUUCAGCAAAUAGAAUCUGUUAUAAAUGUGCGGUUUGUGGGAAGCUUGCUGAAAACUCGAGCAUUAUCAGUCUCCAUAUGAGUCGGUUCCACGGAGGGGCACACUUGACUAAUUUCCUUUUCUGGUGUCGAGCAUGUAAUACAGAUUUAUCAAAAGAAGAGAAUGUUAUGGCACAUGUGACUGAAUUUCAUGGUGGACAUAGUUACUAUUUUGAGCAGGAAGAAGCUCUAGAAGAUGAAUCUAUGCUAUCUUCUGACACAGUUUGUAGUACCUCAGUUAAAUGUGAAGAAACCAUUACUAUCUCUAUGGAGCAGUCCCUUGGGAAAAAUCCCAUUUUAGGAAAAUGGCAGUGCCGCAUUUGUGAGGAAAUGUUUGAUUCUGAAGGUAGUGUUAAAAAGCAUUGCAUGUCUUUAGAAAGCCAUGAAUUUCACAGGUAUUGCUGUGGAUUGUGCAAAAAUCACUUUCGUAAAAUAGAAACACUAUACCGACACUGCCAGACGCACCACAAUCAACAAGUACAGGUUAAAUAUUAUUGUGGUAUUUGUGGGAAUCUCUUUUUUGAUGUUGAAGAAGAAUUUCUAACACAUUAUAAGUCUUCCCAUAGCAUGGAUUAUAUGUUUUUGUCUGACCAAACUGAAGCAUCAAUAAAAACUGAAGAUUUUUUGCCAUUAGAAGAAGAAAACUAUCUAAGCUGUGGCUGCCGAGAAGAUUACAUCUCAAAAGCAAAUAGAAAGAUAGAUUAUGAUAUUUGUCUGAAAAACAUGCUAAAAAAAGGAAAUCUGUGGUUUCGCUGUUGCUUCUGUACAGCAACAGCACAAAAUUAUGCAGACUUGAAUGACCACCUCAGCAGUCACCCAACACAGAAAUGCACCCAAGAGAUGUAUGUUGUGAAGUGUAGUGCAUGCAGCAAAAAUUUUACUGAUCUUAAGAGUGCCCAUCAACACUAUCAUGAUAAACAUUGCUUCUUGCAGAAGCCUGAUACAACACAGUUCAGUUCAAAAAAAGAAAGCAAUGUCUUCAAAUUCACAGCAAGCGGUGCUUGUGUGAGUAAGAAGCCCGACAAACUGAAGCUUUCUGAAAAGUUUCCGAAAAGAUCAAUAUCUCCCUCUUUAAAAGGACCCAUAGAUGGAAAGAAAGGAAGAAGUAAGAAAACGCAUUCGCCAGAACCUAAUGAAGUUGAAGACAGUGAGCUGCCAGAUUUUGACUACCUCAAGACCAUGACUCACAUUGUGUUGGUGGAUUUAGACAAUUGGGGAAGUUUUUUCACUCGUCUUCCGGCUAGCCUGAACCAAGGGACAUUUAUCUGGGGAUUUCAAGGAGGAUGUAGCAACUGGAAGCCUCCAGAUAAGUGCAAAAUCUUUGAUUAUCUUAAUAAGAUAGGAUGUUUCUUCCUUCAUCCACGUUGUGGGACCAGAAGAGAAGCCGCAGACUUUGCGCUCUGCAUGCAAGCUGGCCGUCUGGAUGAACACCUCCCCAAACAAAUUCCUUUUACCGUUCUUUCUGGAGACCAAAGUUUUCUAGAACUGGAGAAGCAGUUUAAGCUGACUCAUCGAUCAGCUCACAUUCUAAAUCCUCAUCACAUAGAUGGAGACAUGAUGUGUGCCUUAUUAAAUAGCAUUUCGGAUACCACAAAAGACAGUGAAGAUGAAGAAAAUAUUAAAAAGACAGUGCAGAUGAGUUUAGAAGAAACAAAGAAACACGAAGAUCUUGACACCUUACCUUAGUGGAAAGAAUGCUGUUUUUUCUAUAUCACACUUAAAGAGCAAGAUGCAGAAUUGCAAGAAGCUAUCAAGCGAAGUCUGGAGGACAUAUAAAUGAAGUUACUACUGUGUGCUAGUAGCAUGCCAUCUAAGCUGUUUAUGGAAAUGGACGCGUAUUCAUCCAUUUACAAAGGGUCAGGAAAUACUGCUUUAAUAGCACUUGUAUGUUUAGAUUUGUAAUAUAACGUUGCUGUUUGAGUCAUGCAAUUUAACAUCUGGAGUUUAUAGAUGUAUAUACUGCAACUUAUUAUGUGUGAUAGAAGAAAAUAAAUUUUAAAAGCC